CUCAUGAAAAAAAUCUCCCAGGGGAAGGAGCAGCAGUGUCGAACGACCCGAUGAAGACUCUUCACCGCGUUUCUAUUUUGUAACUUCAGAUGACUAAGUAUUUGUUGGAAAACUAGAGCAAAAGUCUCCUAAAACUGUGGUGAAGUUGUCCGAGUAAAAGAGACUCCAAGCGAAGCCUGGCAUUUUUUUUAAAGCUAGCCAUCGCCCCGCUACUAUCCUCUCAUUUUGCUUCUGUUUGGGGGGCGUAAAAUAAUAAGACAUUCUGGCGGAUUAAUAAAUGUUAUCGUGACUCUACUGGAACUAGUUGUCAGACCAAGAUGGAUCCACGGCUAAUUGUACUAGCGUCGACGUUAGCACUUCUGAGCUUUAGCCGAGCGCAACAAGAGGGAAGUGUGUGCAUCAAGGCCAAUGCUCAGUCGUGCGGUCAGUGCAUCCAAGUGGCCGAGUCUUGCGGCUGGUGCACGGAUGAGAACUUCCUAUCGGAGGGCGAGUCGAAAUCUACUCGCUGUGACGACCUGGAGUCUCUGAAGACUAGGAACUGCAACGUGGCUAAAAUCGAGAACCCCCGUGGCAGCAUCGUGAUCAACAAGAACAAACCGGUCACCAACCGCAAAAAGGACGAGACUGAGAAGCCUAAACCCGAGCAGAUCACACAGAUCCAGCCUCAAAAGCUCACCCUCACCCUCAGAUCCGGUGAGCCACAGACUUUUGAUCUGAAGUUCAAGCGAGCUGAGGACUACCCCAUUGACCUGUACUACUUGAUGGACCUGUCCUUCUCUAUGAAGGACGAUCUGGACAACGUCAAGAACCUGGGCACAGACCUCAUGAGGGAAAUGCAGACCAUCACCUCAGACUUCCGGAUUGGGUUCGGCUCAUUCGUGGAGAAGACCGUAAUGCCAUACAUCAGCACCACUCCGGCGCGCUACAAGAACCCGUGCACGGGCAACCAGAACUGCACCAGCCCCUUCAGCUACAAGAACGUCCUGAAGCUGACCAACAAGGGUGACCAGUUCAACCGGCUGGUCAGUCAGCAACAGAUUUCGGGAAACCUGGACUCUCCCGAGGGAGGCUUUGAUGCCAUCAUGCAGGUGGCCGUGUGCGAGGAGCAGAUCGGCUGGAGGAACGUCACUCGCCUCCUCGUCUUCUCCACGGACGCCGGAUUCCAUUUUGCCGGGGAUGGAAAACUGGGCGGCAUCGUGCUCCCCAAUGAUGGCAAAUGUCACCUGGAGAACAACAUGUACACCAUGAGUCACUACUAUGACUACCCCUCCAUUGCCCAUUUAGUGCAGAAACUGAGCGACCACAACAUCCAGACCAUCUUUGCGGUCACUGAAGAAUUCCAACCGGUUUACAAGGAGUUGAAAAAUCUGAUUCCCAAAUCGGCUGUAGGCACGCUGUCGUCCAACUCCAGCAACGUCAUCAAACUCAUCAUCGACGCCUACAACUCUUUGUCAUCCGAAGUCAUUCUGGAAAACGGCAGGCUACCGGAAGGAGUUUCCAUCACCUACAAGUCCAUCUGUAAGAACGGCGUGGAGGGGACCGGAGAGAAUGGCAGGAAAUGCUCCAACAUCUCCAUUGGAGAUGAGGUGACGUUCAAGAUUUCCAUCGAGUCCGAGAAGUGCCCGUCACAUGGCAAGCCAGAGAGCAUCAAGAUCAAACCGCUGGGCUUCACCGAGGAGGUGGAGGUGAUCCUCAACUUCAUCUGCGAGUGUCAGUGCUCUGCCCAGGGAGAGCCCAAUAGCAACAAGUGCAGCGACGGCCAAGGCACAUUCGAGUGCGGCGCCUGCAAGUGUAAUGAUGGUCGCAUCGGACGUCUGUGCGAGUGCAGCACGGACGAGGUUCGGACGGAGGAUCUGGACGCCAACUGCCGCAAGGACAACGGCACCGACAUCUGCAGCAACAACGGCGACUGCGUGUGCGGAACCUGCGAAUGCAAGAAGAGAGAGGUCCCCACUGAGAUCUACAGCGGAAAAUACUGCGAGUGUGACAACUUCAAUUGCGACCGCUCCAACAACAAGCUUUGCGGAGGCCACGGCCGUUGCGAGUGUCGCGUGUGCGUGUGCGACAACAACUACACGGGCAGUGCGUGCGACUGCUCGCUGGACACAUCCACCUGCCUGGCCAAGAACGGACAGAUCUGCAACGGCCGGGGAACCUGCGAGUGUGGCGUCUGCAAAUGUACCAACCCCAAGUUCCAGGGACCCACUUGCGAGAUCUGCCCCACCUGCCCGGGGGUCUGCGCGGAGCACAAGGAGUGCGUGCAGUGCCGAGCGUUCCAGGCAGGCGAGAAAAAGGACACCUGCGAGCGUGACUGCAGUGACUUUGUCCUGAUCAAGGUCAAGGACCGUGAGAAGCUUCCUCAGCCCACUGACCAGAGCUUCCCACUGACACACUGCAAGGAGCGGGACGCCAACGACUGUUGGUUCUACUACACCUUCGCCAUCAGGAACGACACCAAGGAGGUCUACGUGGUCGAGAUGCUGGAAUGCCCGGCGGGUCCCGACAUCAUCCCGAUCGUGGCUGGAGUGGUUGCCGGAAUCGUGUUGAUCGGAUUGGCCCUGCUGCUCAUCCUCAAACUGCUCAUGAUCAUUCACGACCGUCGAGAGUUCGCCAAAUUUGAGAAGGAGAAGAUGAACGCCAAGUGGGACACGGGUGAAAAUCCCAUCUACAAGAGUGCCGUUACUACAGUGGUCAAUCCAAAGUACGAAGGUAAAUAAUGGAGCGAGCGUCUUGGUCUCCAAGGAAACACUGUAUGCAAAAAAAAAAGGAGGAUUUCGGAGGAUUUAUUUUAUUGUCAUUCUUAUUUUGCGCCACUAUUGCUCUCAUUUUACUAUGCAUCAACUUGUACAGUCCUGUUUGAGAAAAAAAAGUACCGGUAGGCUUUGUUUUUUUUAAUAUUGUUUUUAUGAGAAGGUGCGGUACUGAUAUGAACCAUAGACUUUUUUUUUUUACUUGGUAGUUACCCGAUAGCCUAACUGUGCCUUUUUUUUUAAACAAAGCCAAGCCAUCCGUGUGUUUAUGGGAGGUGAUCCAGAAAAAGUGCAAAGUGGCAUGUAGUCGUCCCUUGUGGAGGUUGAGUUCUGUGGAAGGGUAUUGCUGCCACACUAGAAAAGAAAAAGUUCACCAUCACGUUGUAACGUGUCAAGUUUAACAUUUUGAAUAUGGUAUGUUUCACGCUGUAACGUCAUAAGUUUCGUUACAACUUGACAAGUGUGACUUUCACAUUUGACAAAACAAAACAAUUCCUUGUUAAGGUCAUUGGGAGAGCUUUGUGUGCCUCUUAAAUCUUUUUAAACACGUGACCUUAUUAUUUUUCUUUCAUUAUCAUACAAGAGCAUUGCGUAACUUUGACUUAUACAAAAAAAAAACCACGGUUGAAAUUGCUCGGUUUUGUUGAAUGGAAGUCAAACUUGCGUUUUGACAUGAAACUUAGCACAUUUAACAUUUGAAAUUUAUCGGAUUUAAAAUGUGAUAUUGAACUUUUUUUUUCCUGGUGUGGCAGCAGUACGCGUCCGCUGUCCAGUAUGUUUGGGUUCUGUGUAAAAAGCCAUAUUCAUAGAACAAACAGGCAGGGUGCGUGAUUAGAUUGGAUCUGACUGAUGAAUGGAACCAAGCUGUUUAAACGUGAAAACAUGAGUCAGUGUACAGAACUUUUUAGUACUUGUUUUAUUUCUAAAAGCCAACUCAGGUGCUUAGCUUCUUUACAGCAUUGCCAUAUAUAUACAUAAACACGCCAUUUUCGUUUCUUUUGUUUUUUUUACUCAUUGACUUAAUUUUUAUCGAAGAUAGGAAAGCAGGAAGUCAAUUGUGAACAUCAGGGCUAAGGUAAUGUUUGUUUUUAAACAUAUUUGUGAAGGUAAAAAGUUUAACUUGAUUACAUUUUGUUGUUUUAGUGCCUUUAAAAAAAUAGCAAAAACAAAAAAAGUCAUCCAUAAUUGCAUUUGUGUUUUUCAGAAAUUAUUUAUUGAAUUUUAAAAAAAUCACAUUUAUCAGUCAAGAUAUUUUCUUCUAUUGUGCCUCAUUUAUAUCUGGGUCCAUCACAAUCACAGUCUUUUUUGGGGGGUUAUUUAAUGUUAUGACAUGCAGUCAACUGAAAACAAGAAUAAUCAACAUGAAAAGACAAAUAAUAGGCCAAUUAAAAUGGAUUUAUUUUAGUUAUCGUCAUUGUUCUGUGACUGUUUUUGCUAUUUGUAUUAAAAUGUUCUUGAUUGUUUCAAGAUUUUUAUGUUAAA